CCCUCGAAGUCUGAGGGUGUUAUCGGGACUAUUUGGGUGGAAACACAACAAGAUGUCCCUGGCCAGCAGAAUAUUACAACAAGGCUCCCGCCUUUGGAGCGGGCUAAGUGCGGCACGUGGUUUCCAUGUUCUCGUGCGGCCGGCGGCGCCACCAAGUGCACCCAUUGCAAGCACACAACUGAUGACCGGUUCAGCUACGAUCCAGCAAGGAUCGGGACUUCUGACGCCUUGUUCGACGCUGCUUCAACAGGUGGCUGGGUUCAAAGUAAAGGGUCGGUUGAAGCGACGCUGCAAGGACUGCUAUAUCGUGGUGCGGCAGGAGCGCGGUUAUGUCAUAUGUCCCACGCAUCCGCGUCACAAGCAGAUGGCGAUGAAAAAGCGCGACUACAAGUCCUGGAUCCUGACACAUGCCACACAGUCCAAGGAGCGGGGUUUUUAGACCUAUUUGCAUAGUUAAAGGCGUGUUAAGAAUAAAACAAAAAUUAAAUAAGA